UUCCAUUUCUGUUAAUGACAUCUAAGAACUGGAAACACAAGCAGUGGUGGGGGAUUAAGUAAUUAGGGAGUAUUAGAUGCAUUCGAAGAUCAGGGUCAUAGAAAAAGACGGGAGAGAGAGAGAAAGAGCUGUGGGCUGCUUGUCUGCCUGACAGCUAUAAAAUAUUCUUCUUAUCCACAGCUUGGAAGCUGUAAAGGACAGAGCUUCACGCUACAGAUUGGCUAUUCUUUAUUGUUUCCAGUUUGAAGAUCUGUGUUUUUUAUGGAGUCCCUAAAUCAACACCUGGAAUGUCUCAAACUCUUUGGAGAUGAAACUGAAGGUCAGAUCCUUGAAAGUCUAAAUGGGAUUCUUCUGGCUCUUGCCGAAAACAAGCAAAGAUCCUCCAGCCUACUCAGAGACACUGGGAUUUUCCCAACUUUAGCUCAAAUUCUCAAAGGCAAUUCAAACUGUGCAGUAAAGGCAGCCGAGGUGAUUGCAGAGAUAGCAAAGAAUGAGGAAAUGAAGAAGCCAUGUAUCGAUGCAGGUUUGGUUCUAGCUUUGGUACCUCUGCUGGAAAGCACGGACCAAGAGACGUUGCUUCAUGCUGGGAGGGCCAUUGGCCGCAUCUGCUAUGAAAACAGUGACCUUCAGGAGCAGCUGGUGAAGGCAGGAGUGAUCGCAUCACUGGUCAGGAUAUUAACUGAUUACCCAGACAGUGAGCCACUUGUCCGUGUCAAUCUGUUGGCCUUAUGCAACCUUGCAAACCUAGAGAUAGCUAAGGAGGCUCUAAGCAAGACAAAGGUUGCUGAACAUCUAGUGAAGCAGCUGAGAAGGGCAGAGAACCAUCAGAGGAUAGAAACCAUCAUUGAGGUUCUACAGAUGCUAGCAGAGAAUGAUGCUUUGAAAGUGCAAAUGGUAGAGGCGGGUGUGCAUGAGGCACUGUCAGAGAUCCUGCUGAAGCUCCAGGGCAGUUCACAGGCUGAAGAUCUGUGCAGUGUGAAGGCUGCGUCAAAUCUCAUUGUGUCUCUGCUUCUUGGAGAUGAAUCCAUGCAGAAGAUGUUUGCUAAUGGAUGUGGCAUUAUCUACCAGAAGGUUGGUACCUGGCUUGCAUCCAAUCACCCCCAGCUGCAGCUGACAGGAGCACUGGCUGUUGCUAACUUUGCCAGGAAUGAUGGCAACUGCGUACGGAUGGUGCAGCUGGGAGUGGUACUUCAGCUUUUGGACCUUUUAGAGCAACACGUGGACAAUGGGGACGUUUCUGUUCAACAUGCUGCACUGAGUGCCCUUCGAAACCUUGCUAUCCCAGUUGCUAACAAGGUUCAGAUGCUGGAGGAAGGUGUAGCAGAGCGGAUCCAGAUGCUUUUGAGAUCAGAGAUGGCUCCUGUGCAGUUUAAACUUCUUGGAACACUGCGAAUGUUAAUAGAUGGUCAAGCUGACACUGCAGAGAUGCUGGGACAAGACCCCCUGCUGAUCAACAGACUUGUGCAAUGGUGUGAUGCCCAGGAGCACGCUGGUGUUCGUGGAGAAGCAAACCGAUUGCUGGCAUCGCUCUUGCGGCACAGCAGAUCCCAAGAAGUGGUCAAAGCCAUCCAGCAGGCACAAGGAGUGAAGCACCUGGUUUCCAUGACAACAAGCGAACAUGUUAUCAUGCAGAAUGAAGCUCUGAUUGCACUGGCCAUAGCAUCUGCAAUUAAUUUAGAAGUCAUCAAAGAUUCACUUAAGGAGUCAAGGCUAGUUCAAAGCUUACAUAAGCUUCUACAAGACGAGUGCACAGGUCCCGAGGUGAAAUAUAAUUCAAUGGGCCUCCUAUGCAGCCUUCUUAAUUCAGGUGAUUUGAAACAAGAAGUAGAAGAGGACAACUUUAAAGAAACCUUGGAAAAACUUUGUAGCCAUAGCAAUGCAAAUGUGGUCAAGCAGGCUGUAAUGACUCUCCAGAUACUGAGAGAUGAGAGUCAAAACACUAGCUUCGUUUCUCCAUAGCUGUUGGUGCUGCUUUCUC